AGCCUUUCGGGAGUUGUAGUUUCCUUGGGAGAGGAGGCGAGGCAUGCGCGGGGCGGAAGUGCGGACUGCCGGGCCGCGUCCUCUUGCCUUUACUGGAUCAGAUCGAGGUUUCUCCGGUUGCCGCUGCCGGCCCAGCGACCCGGCCGCGCUCUCCGCUCAGGCUGCCCCGCCCGAGCCGGCACCGAGAAGGGUCCCUGCUGACUUUCAGUCUGAUGCCCGUCCAACCCUAUGACCACUUGGAAUGGAAUGAUUCUAUGCACUCCCUUCGGAUAACUGUGGGUGGACUUCCCGUCCUUGCGUCCAUGACCAAAGCUGCUGACCCCCGCUUUCGACUUCGCUGGAAGGCAAUUGUAGUAUCUUCACUGUGCUUUGGUAUUGUACUUUUGCUGCUGUGCUUCCACCGUUCAUCCACGGGAAGACCAAUCCAACCCAAUGUUCACAACCGGAGGCUUAAUCAGUUUUUUAGUGACCGCUACAAUGAUACCUAUCCUCUGUCACCAUCCCAGAAGACUCCCAAUGGAGUUCGAUACCGAAUUGCAGUUAUCGCUGACUUGGACACUGAAUCCAGGGCCAAAAAGGAAAAUACCUGGUUCAGUUACCUGAAAAAGGGCUACUUGACCUUGUCAGAGAGUGGAGACAGAGUGACUGUGGAGUGGGAUAAAGAGGAUGGCAUCCUGGAAUCCCACUUGGCUGAAAAAGGAAGGGGCAUGGAACUCUCAGAGCUCAUUGUUUUCAAUGGGAAGCUCUACUCAGUGGAUGAUAGAACUGGGGUGGUCUACCAGAUUGAAGGCACUAAGACAGUGCCUUGGGUGAUCCUGUCAGAUGGAGAUGGUACAGUGGGAAAAGGUUUUAAAGCUGAAUGGCUAGCUGUGAAAGAUGAGCAUCUGUAUGUUGGAGGCCUGGGCAAGGAAUGGACCACUACUACUGGUGAAGUGAUGAAUGAAAACCCUGAGUGGGUAAAGGUGAUUGGCUACAAAGGCAAUGUAUAUCAUGAAAACUGGGUGUCUAACUACAACGCUUUGAGAGAUGCAGCUGGGAUUCGCCCCCCAGGCUAUCUAAUUCAUGAGUCAGCUUGUUGGAGUGACACACUACAGCGAUGGUUUUUCUUGCCUCGUCGGGCCAGCCAUGAACGUUAUAAUGAGAAGGAAGAUGAGCACAGGGGUACCAACCUUCUCCUUCGAUCUGCUCAAGAUUUUGGAGACAUCUCUGUGAGCCAUAUUGGGGAAGUAACCCCAACGCAUGGCUUCUCUUCCUUCAAAUUCAUUCCUAACACAGAUGACCAAAUCAUUGUGGCUCUGAAAUCAGAAGAGGAUAAUGGCAAAAUUGCUACUUACAUCAUGGCCUUCACUCUAGAUGGACACUUCCUUCUCCCGGAGACCAGGAUUGGGAAUGUAAAAUAUGAAGGAAUAGAAUUUAUUUAAAACAAAAGAAAGAAAAAAGACAUUUUCACAGAGCAUAGUUAAGUGGCUGGGCUGCGUAAGCUGGGUCAUUACUUUGGUUUUAUACAAAUGAGAGGACUUUAGAUUUUAUUUUUAUGAUUUAUUUCUUUUUUGCUGCAAUGAAAGAUGUGUGCCCUGAUGAGUGAUUGCCAGAGGAGGAAGAUCAAAAUCCAGGACAGAUUAAUUAAGGAAAUAUCAGUUCUAGGGUUUCUCUGUAGUUACUGAAUGGGACUCAUCAUUCAGUAACUAAUUGAUGGCUUCUGUUAGUGGGGAUUGUGCCAUGAUGUGUUCACAUUGGUACCUGGUAGUGAAAGACAGUCAUUAUCUUAGAUUCUGUCUGUGCUACCCAGUUCACUUCCUGCGACAGGACUUGUGAGCAGUUCCAGCACCUAAUUCCUCCCUCCUUUUUUUUUUUUUUUUUUUUUUUUUUUUUUUGAGAAAAACAUUUGUUAGCCAGUGGAGAUUGGGGGGAAGGAUGGCUUUGAUUAGGGAUUCUGAGUCUGUGAACACACCAAUAUUAAGGUACCAGGAGCUAAUAAGUGCCCUGAGAAAAACCAACUCUUUCCUUUUCCCAAGUUUUGUAUAAAAUAAUCUUUAUCUCAGUGGCAACUGGCCUCAUUUUACUUAUUGGGGGCAAAAUACAGUAUAACAGCAUGGCACUUUUAAGUCUAACUUAUUUUAAGAAAAAACAAUAUUCCUCAUCCCAUAAAAUUGAAUCAUCAAAUUUAAUCACAUAAUAGGAAGCCCUACACUUAAGUCAUUCACUCAUCAGACAGUAAGGGGCCAUUGGGACAGUCUGUUCUGGGUCAAGACUAAAAUAAAAUAUGCACACAGUGAAAGAAUGUUGUGAUUAGAUAGUUAUAGUUAGUAAAGUAACUUUUAAUAUGGUCCUGAGCCCUGGGCCAGCAGAUAGGAAAUUAAUGGAAAAAGAAACUUUAACUUUAAACUUUUUCAGAAACAAAAUGGAAACAUUCAUAUCACCAUAAGCUUUUAUAGAGGCCUUGAUUUUUCACUUUCUUGCCUUUUAAGUGGAAUGAUGGUUUCUGGCAUGAAUAAACUUAAGUUCUCUGGACUUCUUUAUUCCAAGGAACUUAGUGUUUGGAGUUGAGGCCCAGGCUCCAAAUUUACCUGAAAUAUUUUUAGUGGGGCAUUCAUCAUCUUCUAACCCUUCUGUUAUCUUACCUUGAUCCUCAAGCUGCCUGCUUUCUGAUAUCUUCUCUCAACACUUCCUUGGUACAGGCAAGAGAACUAGAAUACCUGGGAACAAGAUUAAGAAGGGAAGUUUCUCUCAGUGUGCAGUGUUCCUCCCUUAAAAAAGCUACCUCAUUUUCUUAUUUUUUUUUUCCCUAUAAGAAAAACUGUCCAGUUGAUAGGUAUUAAGGAUGGGUGAGCAAAAUGAGAGGAUCUUCCUUUAAUCAGUGACAGCUUUUUCUCAGCUUGAAACUUUGAUACAGUUUCUUUAAGGAAAUCUAAUUCUGAUCUUUCUUUUUUGUUCUGAAGGUCUCUGUUUCUCUGUGCUGUAAACAAAGGGAAUGCGGGAGAGAGAGGGAGAAGAAAUUUAAAUUAUUGAAUAGUCCUUGUUUACCUAGAACUUAUAGACACUAAUUCAUGUCCAAUUGGUAAACAGAUUAUGUCCCAGGCUAGGGACUUUGCCUUCCUCUUUCCUUUUUCUCCUUUGGUGAAUGUCAGCCAUAUAUGGACUGAACAAUUAAAAAGCAAAGCAGUCUCAGGAGGACAUGGAAAAUUUAAGAGAAUCAUUAGUUUGGAAUAUUUUAUGCUAGGUUUGAAGUCAGAUAUGAGGAGGACCUUUUAAGGUGUUUUGAAGACAGUGAGAAUAACUUUCAAUUCCCAGCCUUGGCGUUAAUGGAUUCACCAUUUAUAUAUGGUCAGUGAUUUUCCAAUAUCUUUAAAUCAUUCUGCCAUUUUUUCCUUCCCUCUAUCUUUACUACUGUAAACACAAUGAUUGUGUUCCUUGCCUGCUGGAUCUAUGUGUAAUAAUAAAGUUUCAGAGGGAAAUGUGAAUUCUAUUUUGUUUUUUGCUCUGUGUGACAAUUGAUUGAAAGGUCAUUUUUCUAGAAGAAUUGACAGUGGGUAAUGCAUACUGUUGCUUGUCCUUUUGAUUAUCUAGCUUAGAAUUUUUUUCUUUCUAAAGCAUCUUUCAAUUCAAAAUUGGCAGGCUAAGGACAUAAUAUCUAGGUUGUUUUAGUCAUAAAUAACAUCUACUGCAAACAACAGUAGUGAGAGUUGAACCUAAAGCAAUCUUUCCCAAAUUUUAUGUAGAAAUAUUUUUUCCUAAAAAUAUUGUCCUCCCCAAUACUUCAUAAAACAAUCUAUGCAAAUAAGUUUCUUGGCUUGUAUUUUAUUCAAAUAAAAUUAAGGAUUUAUUAUAAUUUUAUAACAAAUCUUAAAUACAUAAUAAAAUAACAUGCAUAGAUUUCAUUGGCAAGUAAUUUAUAAUUUUCAUAUUUAUAAUUUAUGAAAAUAAUCACAAGAGUAAUAUUAAGGUGAUGAGUGGGCUUGUUUUUCAAUAUAAAGUUUCUCAAAAUGUCCUUUCAUUGAUGACAUUGCUAUUUAUUAGUUUCACCUUCAGCAGAAAACCUCAUUUCAUGCAAAAAAGAUGUUACAAAGGAUAGUAAAAUUUGUAUUACUUUGUUUAAUAAAUCAGAGAGUUCUUUAUUCACCUGUAAUUAAAACAGAAGAUUUUCAGAAUCAAAUCCUUGUUUUAGGGUAUUUCUUGUUCGAUGACAUCUGUAAUUUCAUGACACCAGAGUUUGCCAUUUCUUUCUCUAAUGUAUUCUGGCAAACAAAGGUUAAUUUCUUUUUCCAGAGUCACACAGCUAGUAAGUGUUUAAGACCACAUUUGAAAUCGAGUCUUCCAGACUCCAGGCCUAGAGCUUGCUAUUCACUGAACUACCUACCUGCCUCCUUAAGGGCACUAUGAUAAGACAAGUCUAUUAACUGUUCUUAUUCAAAUGGAAUGAGACCAAAUAUGAUAUUUAUCCAUGGCAAAUAGGUUCCUUAUGCAAUUGUAGUCAGAAAUAUCUAGGUUUUUUAAAUAAAAUGAGAAUUACUUCUGUAAACCAGUUGAAUGAUUAAUAAGAUCUUUGCUUUCUUCCAUUUCAUUUUCAUGGCAAGUAUUUUUAGUUGCAAAAGAUAUAGAAAUAUUCUUUUAUAUAUUAUCCUUAUUUUUAACCCUUCAAUGCAAUUAUUUUAUUAUUCUGAAUGAGAUAAUGAAUUUUAGGACAUUGCAAUAAUUGUUUUUAAGUACUCAGCUUUUCAAGAAAUAUCUCCUAACUAUGCAAAUAUCAAGAGGGAAUUAUUGUUACAAAAUGAAUUUGUUUCAAAAUAUCUUCCAAAUACUUUGGAUAAGAAAAAAAAAAUCAUCCUUCACAGUAAUAUAGAAGUGCCUUUUUUUCUCUCCUGAUAUCAUCAACAAUUUCAAUAAUCAUUAAAUCAGUAAACAUUUACUAACUGUCUGCCAUGUUCUGGGCACUAUGCUAAGUACUGAUGACAAAGAGACAUAAAUGAAACAGUCCUUGUACUCUACAAGUUUUUAUUUUAAAGAGGAAAUAAUUUGAACAUACAAUUUUGGGGGGAGUGUCAAAUUGAUUACCCUCAUAACAACUUGGAAAAUUUAUCCAACCAUUCUCUGGUAUUUUUUCAAUACAAGUAACUGUGUGAAAUAUGUAACCUCCAAAUUGCAUAAGCUGCAUUUUUUUUUUUUUUACCAAAUUCUUGAAUACAUAUUUUUCUUCCUAAAAUCAAUUAAGCUCUGUUAGUGCAGAGUAUAAUACAAAAUCUCCCACAUACUAUUUUCAUAAAAGGAUUUGCCAGCUAAUGUUUAAAAUUAUUAUUAUUCUUUAAAAGUUAUUAUUCUUGUUAUU